CCUGACUGUUUUCUACCGCGGAACAAAAAGUUUACAUUAAAACCGAAAAUGAGCGCGAAUUUGGCCAGAAAAAUUUAUUUUUGUGGUAGCAUUCGAGGUGGCAGGGAUGAUAUUCAUAUUUACAAACAUAUUAUUGACCAGUUAAGAGCCUAUGGAGAAGUCUUGACAGAACAUGUUGGGGACGUUGUCGCUCAAGAGGAAGAACUUGGGGAUGAUUGUUACAUUUAUGAACGAGACAUGAAGUGGUUAAUGUCUUCUGAAGCUGUGGUAGCAGAAGUGACUCAACCUUCCCUUGGAGUUGGGUUUGAAAUUGCCAAGGCACAUGAAUACAAGAAGAAAGUACUUUGCCUGUAUCGGCCGAAACCUCAGAGCCGCUUAUCAGCGAUGAUUCGUGGAGCUCACUCUAGUCCAAACUUCAUUGUCAAGGAUUACAAAGAGGAAGAUUUACCUCAAAUAUUAAAAGAGUUUUUCGAUUGAUAUCACUGGCACACGAAAAGAAGUUCAGCAUCUGCUACUAGAUAUAAAAUAUUCAAUUGGUUUAAAUUUGGGUAAUUUGGCUGUUAUUCUAUAAGGRG